GACGCAGUUCCUCCCUUGGCGGUUGAGUUGGAGGACUGACUCGAGAGAAGUUGCAGCUCUUCAUCUCUCUGGGGAAGGAAGAAGAGAGCGACGGAGACCAACAACAUCUCCUUCCCAGGAAUCCUGAAGAUGGAGACCAUCACUUGGAUAACAGUUCUUUUGUGGGUGAACCUGGGAGAAGGUUCACAGACAGAUUCAUCUCGAUCAGCCCCCAGGCUGUCCUCGUCUCUUCCAUACAGCUUUAUUAUUAAAGGAGAAGAGAUUCCCUUGAAUUGCUUCUUCCCUGAGGGAGUCACGUCACGGAGUCCUGAGGGAUCCCAUAUAUUCUUAUUCUACUGUAAAGAUCAAUAUGGCGAAUCAGUUGGAGAUCACCCUCUCUCUAACAAUACCUUCAAUCUCAGGACUGAAAAUCUGACUCCUUACCAGAUAAAAAUUAUAUGUAAAUGCAAGAUCAGGCAAUCAUCUAGGGGAUGGUCUGAUUACCCUGAAAGUAACCAGCUGGUCUUCUCAGUUGUUGGUGAACUUCCUUCCCCGCUGCUGAAGGUGGAUCCGUUGUCCCAGAAGGUGAAGGAAGGUGACCCUUUGGUCUUCCUCUGCUCAGUGGAAGGAGGCAACGCAGAGAAGAUCUUCCAUUUCUACAAGGAUGGGAUGGAGAUCACCUCCCAGGAAGAAGGUCUUCUGGAACGCUCCAGUGAACCCACAAAUCGUGUUCAAAAUGCCUCUUUGAGAAUCUUACAUGCGUACAUCAAUCACAGAGGGGAAUUUGCUUGCCGUUAUGAAGAACGGAGAAGCAACCGAUGGCUCAUGUCUUCUUGGAGCCAGGGGAUAAACAUGACAGGUGAGCCCGUUAGGGGAAUGUUGGCUGUGUUUAAAUCUUGA